GGGGGAGGGGGGUGUGAAAGAUGCCCCAGCGACCCCGGGCUCGCCGGCUGAAGCGCCAGCGAGCGAUCGCGUUACCCGGCACCGCCGCCGCCGUGCGCCCUGCGCCCCCGUCCUCGCCGUCUUCCGGCCUUCCGGCGGGAACCUGAGGAGGCGUCGGAGGGAGCAGCGGCGCGACAGAACGCCGGACUUGCGCCCGAGCCCGAGGCUCCGCCCACUCUCCGCCCGCGUCGCCGCGGAGACGACUUGCGCCUGCCUCGCUCCCCCGUUUUCAGAAUUACUGAUGUUCACAGACUGGUCUCUUCUCUGAGAUUUGUUUUUUUUUCCUCAAGAUUUGAAUUUAACUGUUUUCUCUUUUUUUUCUUCUUUGUUUUUUGUUAUUGUGUUUUUCAAUUUUGAGAAACCUUUUUUUGAGCGACUCGGGCCUGCCUCGUUGCCCCCUGAUUUUUUUUACAGACCGGUCCCUUCGCUGAGAUUUUUCUUCUUCCCUCUCUAUAUUUAAAAAUUUAUUUAAUACUUCUCUUUUUUUUUUGUUUUUUUGUAUUUGGCGGUUUUGAGAAGCGCUUUUUCUUUUUGGGCGACUCUGCGACCUCGCGGGUGGGGGCGCUGUAUGCCCGGCGGGCACCGGCGCGGGCACGAGGGGGAGCGGCGGGAAGCGGGAUGGCGAGGGCGCUGCUCAGGCUCCAGCGCUACUUCCGGAGGAAGCCCGUGCGCUUCUUCUCCUUCAUCAUCCUCUACCUGACGGCGGGCAGCCUGGUCUUCCUCCACGCCAGCUUCACCAGCCAGACCGCGGCGUCGGCGUCGGGGUGGGGUGGGGGGGGUCGCGACCCGCUCGCGCCCCAGGCCGCCGGCGCCGCCGCGGGGGGGGCGGGGCUCCCCGCCGGGCGCGGGUUCGGCCUCAUCGGCAGGGUGUUCCGCGAGAGCCGCCGUCCCGCCCAGCGCUACGGCCCCGCCCGCCCGAAACCCGCCGCCGUCCCGCGGGAGGCCCCCGAGAGGGGCGGGAGGGGCGGGGACUACACCAGCAGCUGGAACCGCGCGCUCAAGGGACGCGCCGCCAAGGACCCCGAGGAGGGCCGAGCGAAGUACGUCGGCUGCUACAUCGAUGACAUACAAAAACGGGCGCUCAGAGGGGCAUCCUUUUUUGACUACAGGAAAAUGACUGUCUUCCGUUGCCAGGACAACUGCGCUGAAAGGGGCUACCUGUACGCCGGCCUGGAGUUCGGUGCCGAGUGCUUCUGCGGCCACAAGAUCCAGGCGCCCAACUCCAGCGAGGCCGACUGCAACAUGGACUGCAAGGGGGAGAAGGGCAACGUGUGCGGGGGGGCCAACCGCCUGUCCAUCUACCGGCUGGAGCUGAGCCAGGAGUCCGCGCGGCGCUAUGGCAGCGCCAUCUUUAAGGGGUGCUUCAGGAGACCCGACAACGUGACGCUGGCCCUCCCCGCCGGCUCCACCAUCGCCAACAUGUCGGUGGACAAGUGCGUGGACCUCUGCACCGAAAAGGAGUUCUCCCUCGCCGUUCUGUCGGGCGAGCGCUGCCUCUGCGGGUUCCCCACGCCCCGGUUCACCUUGCACGAGCGUGAGGAUGAGGAGCUCUGCCUUCACCGCUGUCCCGGGGAGGAGUUCGAAAGCUGCGGCACGGAGGAUUACUUCCUGGUCUACCAGACGCAGGUGCAAGACAAUCGCUGCAUGGACCGGCGGUUCCUGCCCACGCGCUCCAAGCACCUGGUGGCUCUGGCCAGCUUCCCGGGAGCCGGCAACACCUGGGCUCGGCACCUCAUCGAGCUGGCCACCGGCUUCUACACCGGCAGCUACUACUUCGAUGGCUCCCUUUACAACAAAGGUUUUAAAGGGGAGAGAGACCACUGGAGGAGCGGGCGGACCGUCUGCAUCAAGACGCACGAGAGCGGCAAGAAGGAGAUCGAGGCCUUCGACGCCGGCAUCCUGAUGAUCCGCAACCCGUACAAGGCCCUCAUGGCCGAGUUCAACCGCAAGUACGGCGGCCAUAUUGGAUUCGCCUCGCAGGCCCACUGGAAGGGCAAAGAGUGGCCGGAGUUUGUGAAGAACUACGCACCGUGGUGGGCCUCCCACACCCUGGACUGGCUGCGGUACGGCAAGCGGGUGCACGUGGUGCACUUCGAGGAGCUGAAGGGGGACCUGUUCGCCCGGCUGAAGAGCAUGGUGCUCUUCCUGGGCCUGGAGGUGUCCGAGGACCGGCUGCUGUGUGUGGAGGGCCAGAAGGACGGCAGCUUCAAGCGCUCGGGCCUGCGCAAGCUGGAGUACGACCCCUACACCCCCGAGAUGCGCGCCGCCAUCGACGGCCUCGUCAGGACGGUGGACGGGGCCCUGAGAGGACGCAAGCUCCCGGGCGUUCCCGAGGAGUACCGCCCGAGAUGAUGAUGAUGAUGAUGAUGAUGCAAGCUUCACAUCUGCCAACCGCCCCCCCCCCUUUUUUUUUUGUUUCUCUCUCUCUCUCUCUUUUUCAUACUUUCAUCUCUCUCCGUUUCUCUCUCUCUCUCUCUCUCUCUUCCCCAGCCCCCCUCCUUCCCGUCCCUUCUUUCUUAGAAGGAAUGUUUGGAGAAAAGAUUGCUGAAACUGACCAAUGACUGGGCAUGCUUCAUGGGGGGGGGGGGG